UCAUAAACUUAUAACUAUUAAUACUUGUUCUUGAGUUGUAGUUAGGCAAAGAAAUGUUUAAAAUACAUUAAACAUCCAUGCCAUCCACAUCAAUUCAUCUGCUAAGAACAAAUGAUUUGACAAUCAAAGGAGCUUAAGAAACAAACCAAAAAAUGUUCAAUCCACUGAAAGCUGAACUCGACAAGAUGAAAAUCAUACUUGCAACUAGUUCUAAACAGAGGCAUGAGAUAUUAAGAAGAGCUGGAGUGUCUUUUGAUGUACAAACACCAGAUUUUGAGGAAAACUUGGACAGAACUAAAUAUUCCUUUCAAGAAUAUGUGCAAGAAACUGCAUUUGGAAAAGUCAAAGCUGUCGAAGCAAUAUUGGCACAAAAAGGUGAAAACCCUGAUAUUAUAAUUGGACUAGACACUAUGGUGUCAUGUGGUGAUAAAUUUUAUGGAAAACCAAAAGAUACUAAAGAUGCUAUAGACACAAUUAGAUAUUUAACUAAUUCCAAUAUACCAAAUAUUGUUUUAACUGGCGUUUGCAUAAAGUACAAAGAUAACUAUGAGAAAUUCGUGGAGAGCACCAAAGUUUACAUGAGAAAACUGACAGAAGAGGAAAUCUUGGGAUAUGUUGAGACUGGGGAACCAAUGGGCCAUGCAGGUUCAUAUGCAAUUCAAAAUAUCGCUGCAUCAUUUGUGGAACGAAUCGACGGCGAUUAUAAUAAUGUGAUAGGAUUGCCAUUGUGUGCAAUCACAUUAAAGUUACGUGAACUUGUUAGAAAGUACGAACAAAAUUAACCAAAUUGAUAACCAAUUUAUAUAAGAAAAUGUUUAUUUUUAAAAUGGGUGCCAUUUAGUUUUUUUGGACUUUUAAACAUGUCCUCAGAGAGGGCGCAAAUUAUUUUUGACAUUUGACGGAAAACUAACCAUAACCAAUCGUAUAUAGUGAAGUAAAAGAAUAAAUCUUAAGUUUUAAAACUUUAUUGAACACAGCAAUGUGUUUCACCAUGAUUUAUUUAUUUAUUCUUUUAUUUCACUAUAAUUAUGAAGUUUUAUCAGAUAAACACGUCAACAAUUCAAUACUAAUCAUAUAGGUUAUGUUUCUGAAACUUUUUACUUACCUAGACAAACUUUUCGCUUUUUUCUAUUUUCUCUUGUACCAAACACAAAUAAUUUCCUUUCUGGUAUUAAAAUGUGUUUAUUAUUGAUAAUA